AAGAGAGAAAAGUUAGAGGGAGAGGGAGAGGGGGAGAGAGAGAGAGAGAGAGAGGCAGAGCGAGGAAACGCGAGAGAAAAGUUAGCUGGGCUCACAGCUCCCACAAAUCACUUUGUCACCAGCAAGCUCUGACAAGCACUGGGAGAGAGGGAGUGCACAAGGGGAAAAGGGAGAGAGACAGGGAGUUAAAUAGAGGUGUGAAUAGGGAGUUGUGUCAGAAGAGACCCAGGAGGGAAGGUGUGAAGGAGCUGCAAAGGGCAUGAACGAGGUGAUACCGAUGGAUGGAUAGAGGGAGGAGAGGACAGAGACGAGACUGCAAUCCGAUUCACAAAACAGUGUGAGCUGAGAGGGACUGUUACUCCUGCUACUGCUGUUGUUGUCUGGAUGCUACACUCAUUUAAAGAGAAGGUGUGUAACACUUAAGAUUUUGUUAAAGGAGGACAGCGUUUCAUUGACAGAAGGAGAGUUUUGCUGUGUGUUUUUUUUUUUUCUAUCCUCGUCCAUUCAUAUCUAGCAUCCUUGCUUGAGCUGUUUACAUCCGAGGCUCGGUACACCGUCGUGUUAUUGUGUUUGAAGAUGAAGACACAGUCGAGGGGGACAGCUGCACUGUGUGUGAUGUAGGCAUGAGUCGGAAGCGUUGAAAGCAAUUUCUGAACUGCAGCUGUACACAGAUCACAUGUUGUUACUGCUUAAAAGGGGUAGUCACAGCAGAGAGCGAUAAAGUUUGUUUUUUCAGCAGGGACAUUUUUCUUCAUAGUUUCACUGCAUAGGUUUUGUGACUGGUAUAGAUUAAGUUAGUGAAAGUUAGAUUCUUAAAUAUUACAUUAUACUGUCUGUCCCUGCACCGUGGAGAUUUGAUUAACUCUGGGCUGACUGACAAAAACCCCUUGAGAGUUUUAUCUGUAAAGGAAGUCAGAGGUCAUCUGAUCAAACUUCAAAAACAGAGACAUAGGAAGGCCAUUUUUUCACUUUGAGCACAGGACGUGUCAUUACUAUUUUCACUUCCUUAGAGACAUUCAGCGAGGACAUACUUGACUUCACGUCUCAUUUACAGAAUAAUCCUGAAUGGUCUGUGAAGAGACCUUGUGGGUCAAGGAGGACAGAAAGUGGUGUCAGCUGAAAACCGUUAGAGUCAGAUUGUAAGUAAGUCGGGCUCUGCCAACACUGCUCUUCAUUUUGAGUUUCAUACAGUUCCUCUCACAGUCGCUCGGCUGGUCUCUGGGGACAUGUAAAGAGAAACUGCUUGGUGAGCAAUACACCACUGAGCUGACACGUGGAGGUGUAUAUAUUUGCUUCGACUAAGACAGGAUUCAGUUCAGUAGCAAGUUGGUUUGCGAGUAUCGUACCAGCUCUGUUGAGUUUAUGUUGUUGAGUGUUGAUAGAUCGUUUGGACCGAUGGGAACUGCAUAAAUAAAUCUAAGUCUCGGGGGCACUGUCUGUGUGCAUGUUUGGCUGGGCUCUGUUAGUAUUUGACAGCUCCGCUCUGGGCUCACUUGAGUGUCUGAGACGUCAUUGUGUUACCUGUGUGGGUUGAGUCAGAGGCUGGCUCAUCACUCGAUGUCUGUCUGCCCACUCGGAUUCUCUCCACCUGCUCCUGUGCAAAGAGGACACAAGUGUUAGGUGCUUUUUCACAGCAGUGGCACCAGUAGUCCUGAACUUUCAUAACUCUCCACACUGCUGUAAUUGUACUGCCGCGUGUAAACACCUUGCGUCAGUCACACCUUUCCACGGAGUGAUUCACUGUUCCCUAAGCAUCCCGGAUCGGAGGCAGUCGGUGAAGGGGGAGAGGUGAGGGAGGACUCGCUAAUAACCGAAGCUCAUCAGUGGUUGUGGAGCCGCGACAAGUCAGGGUGGCACAAUGAAGCUGGCACUCUUGAUGAUCAUGGUGGUGUACAUGGUGGGCAGAGUAAGUGGUAUGUCUACAUGUAAGACAUUGGACUUGGAGAUGGUGAAGAAAAAACGCAUCGAGGCCAUCAGGAGCCAGAUCCUCAGCAAACUGCGUCUGCCGAAGGAGCCUGAGCCAGAUCAGGCCGGAGACGAGGAGGAGAUCCCUUCCCCUCUGAUUUCCCUCUACAACAGCACCAAGGAGAUGCUGAAGGAGCAGCUGACCCAGGUCCACACAGACAUCUCAACAGAACAAGAGGAGGAGGAGUACUUCGCCAAGGUGCUGCACAAGUUCAACAUAAGCAGAAAACAUAACGACGAAGAGAAGCCCCAAAAAAUAUCGAUGUACUUCAACGUCUCCGAGAUUCGGGCGAGUGUGGGGGAUUACCGCCUGCUGACCAAUGCGGAACUGCGGAUGCUCAUCAAACAACCUAAGAUAAUUACAGAGCAGCGAGUGGAGCUGUAUCAGGUUGCGAACAGCUCAUCACGCUACCUUGCUUCCCGUUUCAUCGAUAACAAGUGGAGAGACAAGUGGCUGUCCUUUGAAGUCACAGAGACCUUGCAGGACUGGCUCAAAGGGACCGACGAUGAAAAGGGUUUUGAACUCCGGCAGUUCUGUGAAUGCGGCCAGACAGCUGAAGCUCUCACCUUUGACAUUUCUGGGGCCAAAAAGGUUAGGGGAGACCAGGAAGCGUUAAAUAAGAUGACGGAGCAGCUACCUUACAUCCUGACCAUGUCUAUCCCUCAAAACGUCAGCAGCCACCUCACUUCACGCAAGAAGCGUUCCACGGCAACAAAGGAUACCUGUACAGCCCAGACAGAGACCUGUUGUGUGCGGAGCUUGUACAUCGACUUCAGGAAAGAUCUGGGCUGGAAGUGGAUACAUAAGCCAGCGGGCUACUACGCCAACUACUGCAUGGGGUCCUGCACCUACAUCUGGAAUACUGAAAACAAAUAUUCUCAGAUUUUGGCCCUGUACAAGCAUCACAACCCAGGAGCCUCGGCCCAGCCCUGCUGUGUUCCCCAGGCACUGGAACCACUUCCAAUCCUCUACUACGUGGGCAGGCAACACAAGGUGGAACAGCUGUCCAAUAUGAUUGUGAAGUCCUGCAAGUGUAGCUAAAAAUACAAACGGCCGACUGCUCUGCCUCCCCUCGAACACAUACAGAGAUGGAAGAAGUCAUGUUUGAGACCACAGACAAGAACAUCCUACUGAUAGUGAGAGAAAGAGAAUAAUGUAGCGGAGCGGACGAGGGGAAAAAAAAUAUUUAAAGUCAUCAGGAUCUUUGUUGUCCAGCUUUCCUCCUGCGAGCCCUGCCAUUAUCGGGUUGGAAGCAAAUCAAACCAUGAACUUCUUUAUAUAGAUAUAAUAGGUGAUUUCUUUUCUAUGUGUAUAUACUUUUUUUUCCUCGCAGUAGUAAAAAUAUCUGUCUUGAAAAGAAUUAAUUUAUUUGUUGGAUGGACAGAUGUGCUAAGAAGUGAUACACAAGUCUACAAGUGUGUCUGUUUGACCUGGUCAAGGAUAAAAAUGAUUUAUUACACUCAAAAAAAAAAGGUGCGUAAAGGAUACCAAAGGACAUGAGGACCAAAAUGACCUCGGUGGAAGAACAUUUUUUCUUUUCACAGAUGGCUGUCUGGGACAUUUCUGUUUGCCACAUCAUCCUCCUAAAGAGGUCAUAGUUAAAGGUGCUAAAUCAAUCCCAGGUAUGGAAAACAGUGGUCGUUGGGGUUUCCCUGGAAGAUUUUGCUGCAGGUGUUUUUGGAGAGAGCAACACCAUAAAGGACAGCAGACAACCACAGGGACAGUCCGACAUGGGGAAACUCCCUCUGACUGAGAGGCUGGAGUUUGCAGCCAACUGAGCAACGAUUCACAUGAACCGUCCAUCAGUUUUUUUUUUUUGUUUUUUUUUGCUUGUUCUUUCAGCCCACAUGAUUUUUUUGCAAUGCUUUUUUUGUCACUGUGUUUGUGUUCAUAUUUGAAUGUCAGCUUGUCCUUAUGAAUCCUCUCGAGAUGUCAGAGCCAUGAGUAAUAUCAGUGGUUGACCAUAUUUUUCUUCCCUACAGCAUUUACAGCCAACUUGUUUUCUUUAGAUGGUGAGGGUCAGGGUUGUGGUUGUGUUGCUGGUUUUAGGGAAGAGCCAAUUAGACUCAAUACAUACAUUUGCUGUUUUUUAUUGCCAUAGUAAAUUAGAGGCAAUUUAUUGCCUUUUAUUUCAGGAAUAGUUUUUACUUUCAUCUGAAGUGUGAUGCUUUUUGCACAAUUCAGUUCUUUCAAAAGGAUUAAUUCGACUUCUGUGAUUUGUUUUAGAAAUAAAACAACACUUUUUUUUUCUGUUUACCUUAUUUUUAUAAUGCACUUAACAUUUGAAAUUUGUAUGUGUAAAUACUUAAAAAAAAAAAACCUGAAAUAAACAUUGAUGUUAAAUUAUCAAGUCAGAGUGGAAUAUUUUUGUGAGGUGUCACAAAGCUGUGUUGCGUAGGAGUGUGUGUGUUACACUUGUCAGAGCGUGCAAAUGAUGCAUGUUUUUUAAUCAAGUCAAGUCCGGGAAAGAACAUUUUAUGAAAUGAGCACAACUAAAGCACACUUAGCAUGUAGCAUUUAGCAUGUAGCAUGCAGUUUUGUAUUGUUAAUCACAUGAA